AUGAGUGACAACGAUACCGAGAAGGCCACUGAGCUGCGCCAGAACUAUGUCGGCACGUUGCGAGACCUUCCCGAAGACCCAGAUGCCGGUCGAUCGGACCAGGAAAAGGCUGUCAUCGACCGCAAGCUGGUCUGGCGCCUCGACUGGAUCCUCAUCCCCUGGCUCUGUCUCCUGUACCUGAUGGCCUUCCUCGACCGUACCAAUAUCGGUAAUGCCAAGAUCGCCGGCCUCGUGGCUGCUCCCCCUGCUGGCAUUGGAAUCACCACUUCUCAGUACAACGCCAGCCUGACCAUCUUCUUUGUCUCGUAUGCCGUCUUUGAGCCGCUCACCAACAUCCUGCUGAAGAAGCUCCGGCCGUCCAGGUUCAUUCCACUCAUCAUGAUUGGAUGGGGUUGCUGCAUGCUUGGUAUGGGCUUCGUCAAGGGCUGGUCUGGUCUCAUGGCUGCUCGUUGGUUUCUCGGCCUCACGGAGGCGGGUCUUUUCCCUGGUAUCAACUACUACCUGUCCUGCUGGUACAAGCGAUCUGAGUUUGGCGUUCGAGCAGCUAUCUUCUUCUCGGCUGCCGCGCUCUCUGGCUCGUUUGGUGGACUUCUCGCUGCUGCCAUCGAGAAGAUGGACGGCAUCGGUGGACGGCCCGGCUGGGCGUGGAUCUUCAUCCUGGAGGGGCUCCUUACGAUCGUUAUUGGCGUCGUGUCCUUCUGGCUGGUGCAUGAUUUCCCCGACGUGGCCCGGUUCCUGUCGCCCGAGGACCGCGCGCGCGUCAUCCGUCGCCUGAAGCUGGACCAGCAGUCGUCAGCCUCGCACGAGGACUUCAGUAUGCGAUACUUUUGGCAGGCCCUGGCCGACUGGAAGAUGUGGCUGGGCAUGGUCAUCUACAUGGGCUGCGACAUGCCGCUCUACGCCUUCAGCCUGUUCCUACCCAGCAUCGUCGCAGACCUGGGCCUCUCGGGCGGCUCGACCGUCAAGUCGCAGCUCCUCACUGUCCCGCCCUACGCAGCCGCAGCCGUCCUCACCGUCACUAUCGGCUUCGUGGCCGACCGCACCCGCACCCGCGGCCUCUGCAACAUCGCCGUCUCCAUCCUGGGCAUUGUGGGCUUCAGCAUGCUCAUCGGCUCUAGCAACGCCGCUGUGCAGUACGCAGGCACCUUCCUGGGCGCCCUGGGCAUUUACCCAUGCAUCGCAAACACCAUCAGCUGGAUGGCCAACAACAUUGAGGGCGUCUACAAGCGCGGCGUCGUCCUGGGCUUUGUCAUCGGCUGGGGCAACCUCAACGGUAUUGUCUCGUCCAACAUCUUUUUCGAAGCCCCGCGCUACUACCAGGGCCACGGCGCCAUCCUCGCCUACAUGGUGCUUUUUCUCCUGGGCGGCUCGCUGCUCAUGACCCUCCUGCUGCGCUUAGAGAACAAGAAGCGCCUGCAGGGGAAGCGGGACGGCUGGGCUGAGGGCAAAUCGGAGCCUGAGGUCGAGGCCAUGGGUGACAUGCGGCCUGACUUUUUAUACACAACUUAG